GCUCAAUUGGUUGGUUGGCCGGUUGUCUCCAUUGGAGGCGCUGGUUCGAUCUCCGGCUGGUGCUGGGUAUUGGACAUCUCGGUGAGGGCUUGGCCUAGAGUUUUACCUGGGUUCGAGUCCGAGGGGGGCGCGGUUUUACCUAUUCCACGGGGUUUCCGCGCAUCAGGGGUGUGGUACGCUUUCUAGCGGUGGUCGAGUAGUCGGCCUUUGGACAUAGCUCCGAAAGGGUGGGUUUACACGUGGAAAGCAGUUAGCCGUUCAAAAAAAAAAAUCUUGUGACUUUGUGAUUGUAGGAAGAGUGUGAACAGGUGAAAAUUGAUAUUCAUCACCGUGUUCAAGGAGAUGUGGUUCUUGAAUGUGUACAUGUGGAUCAUUUUAGGGAGGAAAUUAUAUUUAGAGUAAUGUUUCACACAGCAUUUGUGCGAAGUGGCGUACUCAAUUUGAGUUGUGAUGAAGUUGAUGUUAUGUGGGAUGAAAGAGACCAGAUGCAAAAGAACUUUAAAGCAAAGGUAUGUUUUUUGGAUGCUGAUUCUCUACCAUCUAUAAUCACCACAAAAGGAGAACUUGACGACAAGAAUGGGACCGAAAGUCCUACACAUGAAGAGUGUUUUAAGGUCGAAGAGAUUUUUAGUAAUGCGGUUGAUGAGCAAAAAAUAAAGGUGGAUGCUGAAAAUGGUGAUAUAGUCUUGAAGGAAGGACCUGUACCAGAAGAAUCCGAAGUUGAUGCAUUUGAAGACCAUGAACCAGAUAAUGGGAACAAAAAACCUGAAAACAGGAUUUUAGUUUGGUAUGAAGAUGCACGGUGGUCGCAACAACGAAGCCCAGUGAGUAGAACCGGCCGCAACGCGCUGGGUACUACUUCUAGUUAUAAUCAAAUGUAA